GAUUGUGGAAUUUGCAGAUAGAAAAUAAAACAAGAUAUAGCAACUGACAGAAGAUGAAAUUUAAAGCAACUUAAAACAAUUGGAUAUAAUGUGUAUAAACAACGGUAUGAACUAAUAAGUAACAAUGACAAAGCAAUCAGUCAGAGGCAAUAGCACAAUCUCCUCCCAGCUCCUCCCAGCCCAUCUAGUCAUAGAAACAGUUAAAUGUGUUGCUUUUUUUUCUACCUUCAGUUUCGUUUCUUCUGUUCUCUAGAGGUGGGGUCGUUUACAGGAAAAGCGAAAGCGCAAAGCAUAGAAACUUAACUCGCAGGGAACGAACGUAGGCUCUGCGCUUUACAUCUCACGUUUGGUGUCGGACAUUUGCUGGAUCAAUUACUCCAAAUCCUUAGAGAGCCUUCUUGAAAUGCUGUUUAUACAAAGACAGUGUGUGUUCAUUCUUCAACAAUUUUAGGGCUACCGGUUUGGAAGCCAUGGCAUUUUCCGGUAGGAACCCAUCUGAAAUUAUAUGGAGGGCCAGAAGGAAAUUAGCAGAAGAUCUUCUUUUAAUAGACUCAGAGCUGAUCUUGGAUGUGGCAGAUUCCCACCUGCUCCUCACACAGGGGGAGUUUUUCUCCCUGAGUGAAAUAAAGGAUCCACAAGCAUUUGUGGAAUGCCUGAUCGAGUUAGUGCUGGGAAAAAGAGAAUCAACUCAGGAACUGUUCUUGGACUGCCUGGAAAACCUGAGGCAAGCCUUCCCAAGCCUUCAGCCUAUUUCUGAAUAUGUAGAAGAUGAUCACUUGAAUCUCAGGAAUGACCUUCAGGUCUCAGACUCUGUUGAAUUCUCAGGGGAAAGAAGUGGAUCCAAGAGCAUGGAUCUGGCUAGAUCUGAAAACCAGGAUGCUUCCCAGUCCCAAGAGGGCGUAGGAGAGGUUGAGACUAUAGGUUUUCCUGUAUCCUCAGAGGCAGGAAGUGGAUCUCAGAGCCCAGAUGAUGCUGUUAUGCUUCCAGGAAAUGCAAGCAGCACUGAGGACCCAGAUGCCAGUCUCCUGCUCUCCAGCAAAGAAAGAGAAGUCAAGACUCCAGAUGCCCCGGAUGUAGCUGAGAACCCCAGUGCUGCUGCCAUGUCCACAGAGAAUCGAGAUAGAGAUGAGGAUCUAGAGAGCUCUUCAUCUCCAUGGAUAGGAAGUGGGGCUGAGAGCCCAAGUGCCACUCUGUCUUCCAGCAAAGGAAGUGGAGCCAGCGAUGGGAACUGUGGCAAAUCUGAAGGGACAGGAAGUGGAGUAGAAAUUCCUGGCAUCUCUGCAUCAAAGAGAGAAGAAGAGGGAGCCCAACAACUGGAUUGCUCCAAGAGAAAAAGGACAAGCAGUUCUCCCACGAGAAGGGAGAGUUCUGAGAACUCAAAAGGAGCCUUCUUCCAAACCUCAGAGGAUCUAGCCAGUAUGCAGCUUAUGAAAUCAACAUCUGAAUUAACCCCAGCUGAAAAGAAAUCCUAUUCCCAGAAGACAAAAGGGAGUCUGAUGGAGGAUGUUCCUAAUGAAACAACCAUCAAAGGAUCAAUGGAUUCAGUGAUGGUCUCUGGUGGUGAGAUAAUCCGCAAGGCGAGAAAACAAUUAAUUGAAAUCCUCCAGAAGGACCUAGAACUUGUUCUAGACGAGUUAUUCUCCCAGUCCCUUAUCACAGAGGAAGAAUAUGAGGCCUUAGACAAAACCGAGGAGGAUUCCAAGAAGAAAAUUCGGAAACUGCUGAUAAUGAUACAGAAAAUGGGAGAAAUAGCCUGUGGCAAGUUCCUGGAAUGUUUAGAAAUUGCACGUCCAGGUUCAAAUCAGGUUCUGCAAAAUUCAGUACAUGAGCGUUUGCCUCCAGAGGAGAAGAGCCCAAGAGUAUUGGGAGAGAGAGAAGAAGCAGUUCCCAAAGGUUGCUCAGUCGGUGAAGAGGAAGGUGAAAUUCAGAAACACCAACAAGAAGAGAAGAUGGAUCUUGGAAUAGGUUGUCCAAGUCAAGAGAAAGAAGAUGAUGUUCAGGAAGAAUCAGAGGAAGAGAAUCAACAUUCCACCACAGAGAGAAGAAAAGCAGUUAUGGGUAUUCUGUGCAAAUUAAAGCUAGAAAAGCAUAAAAGCAAAGCACUCUCCCUCCAAGAAGUCCUGAAAAUCAGAUCGGGGAGCUUGAAGGAGUUCACACCUCAAACCCGGGAAGAUUUGCCUUGGCAUUUUCUGAGGAAGAUAUUGGCUCUGAAUGUGACAGCCAGGAGCACCAGCUUCGAAGAAGUUGUUUCUGAUGGUCAAGUAUUUAGAAGAAAUGAGGGGAUUGAUAAGGACAUUUUCUUUACUCUUGAAAUGGGUGAGAGUCAUUCUGUCAACCCCCUUGAUGUCCUUUGUGCUGUUCUGCUUUGCUCUGACAGUUUCCUCCAACAGGAGAUCUUCUUCAAAAUGUCCAUGUGUCAGUUUGCUCUGCCUUUGCUCCUCCCUCCCUUGGAGACUCCCAAAUGCACCCUCAUGCUCUGGGCCAUGAGGGACAUCGUGAAAAUAUGGAGGCCCCAUUCCUUGGCUGAAAGCAGAGGCUUCAGGGAGGAGAGCCUGGUGUUGACAUCCAUGCCAACCAUUUCCUUUGUGAGGAUGGGGAGCUUGAGCUUCUCCAAGUCCAAACUGCUCAGUGAGUUCCUCAGCCCUGCCCAACAGCACCAUGAUUUCUUCUUCCACCGAGAUAUGGAGUGCGGAGACAUCCCACGAGAAAUUGCUGGUGGGCUUGUGGAGAUUGCCUGGUAUUUCCCAGGUGGGCAGAAAAGCUCAGAUCUCUUUCCAGAGCCAAUUGCAGUUGCAAAUCUUCGUGGAGACAUUGAAUCACACUGGGUGCAGUUUAGCUUUUUAACACAAGUCUCCUCUGCCGUGUUCAUAUUUGCUGAAGCCAUUGAUGAAAGACAACAUGACCUCUUGUCCUCGCUGAAGGGAACAUCAACUCAGUUCUAUUUCAUCCUGGAACGUGACAGCAACAAAUGCCACGAAGCUUUGGGUGUUUUAGAUAAAUUGGCUCCAAUAUUUAACCUCUGUAAUUCAAACAUACUAGUGCAAUCUGCAAAGAGAAAUAAGGCAGAGUUUGUGAGAAAGUUACGGUCAACUGUGAGAGGAAUACUUAAUUCUCAACCGACGUGUAUGAGUGUACAAGGGAUGUGUGCUGUGACAUGUGAACUUUCGAUUCAGGCAGAUGUGGAUGGCCAAGAAUGUCAGAAUGCCCUCCAAUGUGCUGAAGGAAUCACCGCAGACAUAAAAGAUGUAGCAAGGUACAAGCAAGAAAUGCUGAGACUCCAGGGCGAUCUCUGGAAAAACCUGGCCAAAGUGGAGAAAGAACUGUGCAGAAUGAAAAGACAGGGGGACAAACCUUCAGAAAAAUACAGGUCUGAACUGAAGGGCAAAUGGCUGGAAUUGCGUAAACAGCAGAGUCAAUGUGAACUCACCACUGGCUUGAUGAAAUUUGUUGAUGCCAUCAGUCAUUUGAAGUCUGCAGAGAAGCACUACUUCCUGAAAUGGAUGAAGUUCAACCUGGAUCAUAUUGCUAGAGAGAACCUUUCCAAGUUACGGGCUGAGUAUAAAGAGAAAUGCAAAACUUCAGGAGAUGAUGUCCAGAAGACUGCAGAAAUUGACCGACUGAUAUCUUCCUCUUCCUUGGGAGUUGAGCACUUCAUGCGUGAGCUGGGGCAGUUUUAUGAGGCCGAAUACUCCAUGGUUAUUGAGGGCAAAAUAGCAAAACACAGAAGGCAGUUUGUUCAUUUCCCAAGCAUUGCAGCUGACCUAAUGCUAGAAGGGUUUCCUCUUGAACUGAUGGAUGGAGAUGCAUCCAACAUCCCCCUGCAGUGGAUAACUGAUGUUCUGACCGAGCUUCAUAAGAAACUAAGAGGACGAUCCAAAAUUAAGGUGAUAACCGUUCUGGGGGUGCAGAGCACUGGGAAAUCGACCCUUCUGAACACCAUGUUUGGCCUGCAGUUUGCUGUCAGCAGUGGGCGGUGCACACGAGGUGCCUUCAUGACACUUCUUAACAUCUCAGAGAAUUUGGCUCAGGAUCUUGGCUGUGACUUCGUCCUGGUGAUAGACACAGAGGGCUUGAAAGCCCCUGAACUGGCCAAACUGGAAGACAGCUAUCAGCAUGACAACGAGUUGGCCACUCUAGUCAUUGGGCUGAGCGACAUCACCAUCGUAAACUUGGCCAUGGAAAAUGCUACCGAAAUGAAAGACAUCCUGCAAAUUGUGACCCAUGCCUUCCUCAGAAUGGAAGAGAUUGGGCAAAGUCCCAGCUGCCAGUUUGUUCAUCAAAACGUCAGUGAUGUUUCUGCAUAUGACCAAAACAUGAGGGACAGGAAGCACCUUUUGGAACAGCUGAAUGAAAUGACCCAGGCUGCAGCAAAAAUGGAAAAUAUUGGGAGGGAUAUCAAGUUCUCAGACAUCAUGGAAUAUAACCCAGAAACAAAUAAUUGGUACAUCCCUGGUCUUUGGCAUGGAGUCCCACCAAUGGCCCCAGUCAACAGGGGGUAUAGCGAAAAGGUCUUUGAUUUAAAGAAGUGCCUUUUCAAAUUCAUAAGAGACCAUGCACGUGACAGGCCUUCCAAGAAUAUUCUUGACUUCAUUGAAUGGGUGAAGAGCCUGUGGAAUGCUGUAAAACAUGAGAACUUCAUCUUUAGCUUCCAAAAUAGUCUCAUAGCUGAAGCAUACAACAACCUCUCCAUUAAAUAUUCUGAAUGGGACAGGGAUUUCCGCAGAGAGAUGCACCUCUGGGUAUCUGAGCAGGAAACUCUGAUUCAGAAUGUGUCACCUGAUAAAAUUGCUUUCAAUAAUUUGAAAUGUGAACUUCAAAAGAAACUAUCAUGUGGAGAAGAGCAGAUUUUGGAGAGUUUGAAUAAAUACUUCGGGAGCGAAGCAGCAAAUCUGCAUCUGGUAGAAAAGUACAAGGAAGAUUUUGUCAGGAGUGCCAACAGCCUCAAGCGUGAACUUGAAAAUUAUUCUUCUAACAAACUGCGAGAUGCCAUUCAGAUUAGAAAAGGUCUAUACAAAAUUGAUGCUCUUCAAGCAGAAUACAAGAAAGCAAUUGAAGGAAAGGUUGACAGGCUGCUUGAAAAAUGCAGAGGCAAAAAGCAGAAAUUAAAAGAAAAAGAAUUAGAAAGAGAGUUUAAAAAAAUGUGGAGAGAAACACUGUUGGAAAUACCACCCAUUUCCUUAGAGAAACGUGACAUAUAUGCAGAAGUUGAGUCAUAUCUGAGAAAGAAUUCAUACUCUCAUUUGAAACUCUACACACAAAAAUUAGCAGGAAAAAGAGGAUUGUUAAGUUACAGAAUACACACUUUUGAAAUUAAAAAUGACCAUGUACAAUCAUCACUUUGGAAACGUUUAUUUCAUUUUAAUUCUCAAAUAGAGUAUAUGCAUAUAAUAAAAGAUUUUGCUAACUCUUUGUUGUGCAAAUGCACAUCAUAUAUUGAUGAAAAGCUCAAUUCUAAAGGAGAUUAUGAUGAAACCUACUGCAUUGACCUUUUGUGUAUGAUCAAUGAGACGCUUCAACAACCUGAUGUUCAAAAUCUUCAUACAACCCCUGGCUUUGAAGUGGACCUUAAGCUCCACAUCCUGGGAGAAGCAGCUCAUGCAUUUCAAAGGAGACAUGAAGAAUUUGUUAAGGAAAAUGAUCCUCACAUGCGCCUGGAAAAACUGAAACCCCACUAUUUUGCAAUUUUCAGAGAUCUUUAUCAGGAAAAAGAUGCCCAUCACAUCCAAGCUAAAGAUUUCUGUGAAAUGUGUCUCCAUCCUGCUAUAGUGAAUUAUGUCAACAAUAGACUUGGGGUGGAAAUAGUGGACAACUUUCACAACAGUGAGCAGUCUAUUGACUUUGGCUCUCGGAGUUUUUUCCAGUUUUCUAUCCUGAAGGAUCUGUUAAAUGAAUGGGAUUUUGACCAAUAUGUUGAAUACAUCACAACCUAUGAAAAGUUUGUCAAGAGUUGGAUACUGAAAAAAAUGGUGGAUUACUAUACAGAAAAUGAGGAUCUGAAGAAUCUGGAGGAAAACAUUUUCUCUGCAAUACUAGACAGAAUUAGAAAAACAUUGAACAAGCUGAGGCAUCAAGGUGCUGAGACAAUCUCAGAAUUUGUGGAGGAUUUUUCCCAAGAAAUGCAGAAGGAGUUAGUCAUUCCUAAGGAUAGCUUAGUGGGGACACACAUGAAACAGGCAUUUGAUCCUGGCCACUUUUUUGCUUUUGUUGAAAGCUUCCUUCCUAAUUUGCAAGAACAAAUAUUAAGCAGAUUUAGAGACUUGGAUAUUGAAUCCAAACUCUCUGAACUGCCUGUGAAGCCCCAAGACGAAAUCUUCAAGCAAAUGUUUGGCUGUGGGAAGCAGUGUCCCUUCUGCUACACCCCCUGUGAAGCUGGAGGGAGCGCUCAUCAGGAGCAUUUUGCAACAAUCCAUCGACCUCAAGGAUUUGGAAGAUUCAGAUAUAUAGAUUCAGAAAAGCUGAUAUGUUCUCUGUGCUCCACCAGUGUGUCCACCAAUCAAGUGUUCCGAAAUCAGGACACAAAUUAUGAAUGGCAUCCAUACAAAGAGUACCGUACGUAUUAUCCAGACUGGCGUAUCCAACCUGAUCCCAGUAUCAAAGCUUCUGAUUACUGGAAGUACAUUUUCAAAAUGUUCAAUGAUGACUUUGCCAGACAGUACAAUGCUAAACCAGCUGAUCUGCCAGAGGACUGGGGAAAUAUAACCAAAGAACAAGCACUGAAGGCCUUAGAAGAUAGAUACAAGUUGUAACCAACACCUCCAUCAGAAUGCUUGCCUUAAAGACCUGGAAACAAAAGUGAUUUCAAACAAGUUUUUACAUUCACAGAUUGCAUCCAAUUUUAUUAAAUGUAUGCCAUUUUUGUAUGAAAAUCUCAGACGUUAUGCACAGCUGCCAAACAUAAUGUGACUCUGCGCAUAAUAUGACAAGGUUGCAUGUUGAAAUUAGCAAAACAAUGAUGUGUUUUCAUUUUUCAGAUUAUGGUAAAAGUAUAAACGCCUUGCGCUAAAGUAGUCCUAGUCAGUAGCCAUACACAUUCCUAGUUGUCUAUAACCACUUAAUUAUAUGAUAUAUACCUUUGGGGCAGUGAGGGACUUUUUUACUCCAUGGCAUUCAGGUGUGUGAUUGUAUCCAUGAUUAUUUGCUGCCCCCAUAUUUUGUAAUUCACAGCCUAAAGCAGCACAUAUAUUCUUUGUCUUUCUUUUCCAAGUGUAAUAAACCAAUCUUUCACUCUUU